UUCAGCGAUGUGAUGGAUUUUGAAGGCAGAGAGAAAGCAUGGGCAAAUAUUUUUACACAAGAAAACGGGAAAAGCAGUAACUGAUCGAUCAAGAGUGAGCAGAAAACAAGAUGCAUCCAGUGCCUCCAGUUCCUGGUGAACUCAUGCUGGCUCAGACCAAACUGAUGACCCACUGAGACCCACUACCAGAUACUGGAUUAUCUCUUUAAACCUUCAGCUUUCUGGAUAUCUUUGCGUUAAAGAAAAAGAAAACAGCGUGACCCCUGGACUGGAGAAGAACCAUGGCAACUGCCACUUCAGAUCUGAGAGUCGCUGCACUCUAAUCCAACUCUCAGUCAGGCACAAUGGUCCCCCUUCUGUUUUUGGUGGCAACCACAACAAUACCCAAUACCAAUAACACUGCCAAUGACACCAACUCCAAAGGAGGAGAUGAAUCGCCCAGCCACCAGAUCCUUUCCAUUGUGCUGAUUGUGUUCUUGCUGGUGCUCAUCUUUACGCUGUUGGCCUGGUACAUUCGCAGGUUAAAAAACCAGAAAAAAGCAGUCGUCACCGCCGUUGACAAGAAGAUACCGAAUGGCAUCUUGGAAGAACAAGAGAUUGGAUACAGUUCUGAGUCGCUGUACACCGUUGUACCUCCAGAGCAACAAACGGUGGUCCUCCUGCCCCAAUCCCCCUCAGCAUCGAAGACUUAUCUACCCAUCCCAGUGGACCACCUGGAGGAGGAGUACCGGCUGCGUUCAGCUGAUGAUGGCAAGCUUUUCAGGGAGGAGUAUAAUUCCCUGAUAGGCGGCAAUGCACAGGGGACGUAUGAAGAAGCCAACAAGGAUGAGAACAAGGAGAAGAACCGAUACCCCAACAUCCUUCCAUAUGACCAUGCCAGAGUGGUGCUGACUCAGUUGGAUGGGAAUCCUUGUUCAGACUACAUUAAUGCCUCUUAUGUUGAUGGUUACACAGAAAAGAACAAAUUCAUUGCUGCACAAGGUCCAAAAGAAGAGACAGCAGCAGAUUUUUGGAGGAUGAUAUGGGAGCACAAAGUAGCAACGGUUGUCAUGCUGACAAAUUUAAAAGAGAGAAAAGAGGAUAAGUGUUACCAGUACUGGCCAGACCAGGGUUGCUGGACUUAUGGGAACGUGAGGGUAGCAGUGGAGGACUUCACAGUGCUAGUAGACUAUACGAUACGCAAGUUUUGUGUGCAGCAUCAGGCCAGUGAUGCUGCUAAGACACCCCGUUUGGUCACACAGCUUCACUUCACCAGCUGGCCUGACUUUGGGGUUCCUUUCUCCCCCAUCGGCAUGCUCAAGUUCCUGAAAAAAGUCAAGGCAGUGAAUCCCCCCUUUGCUGGGCCUAUUGUAGUCCAUUGCAGCGCUGGUGUUGGGAGGACUGGAACCUUCAUUGUAAUUGACGCCAUGAUCGACAUGAUGCACACAGAGCAAAUAGUUGAUGUGUUUGGCUUCGUCUCUAAGAUACGAGAGCAGCGCUCCCAGCUCAUCCAGACAGAUAUCCAGUACUCGUUUGUCUACCAGGCCUUGCUUGAAUACUACCUCUAUGGAGACACAGAGCUGGAUGUGUCAUCGCUGGAAGGACAUCUGCAAAAACUGCACAACACCUUCACAGAUGGUGACCGGGUGGGCCUGGAGGAAGAGUUUAAGAAACUGACCAACAUGCGAAUAAUGAAGGAGAACAUGAGAACGGGGAACCUUCCUGCAAACAUGAAGAAGAACAGAGUUCUACAAAUAAUUCCAUAUGAUUUCAACAGAGUCAUUCUCUCCAUGAGAAGAGGCCAGGAGUUCACAGAUUACAUCAAUGCAUCUUUCAUACAUGGAUACAGACAGAAGGACUACUUCAUUGCCACCCAGGGACCUCUCACUCAUACAGUACAGGAUUUCUGGAGAAUGGUGUGGGAAUGGAAAUGUCACUCCAUUGUAAUGCUUACUGAGCUCCAGGAGAGGGAGCAGGACAAGUGUUGCCAGUACUGGCCCACAGAGGACUCUGCUACCUACGGAGACUACACUGUAGAGCUGAAGGGAGAUACUCUGUGUGAAACCUUCAGUCUACGAGACUUGGUACUCACCUUUGUCCCGGAGAAGCAGACAAGGACGGUCAGGCACUUCCACUUCCACGGCUGGCCAGAGAUCGGCAUCCCGGCAGAGGGCAAAGGGAUGAUCGACAUCAUCGCCUCAGUGCAGAGACAGCAGCAGCAGUCUGGGAACCACCCCAUAGUCGUACACUGCAGUGCUGGUGCAGGGCGAACAGGUACGUUCAUCGCACUGAGCAAUAUCUUGGAACGAGUCAAAGCAGAAGGCCUGCUGGACGUGUUCCAAACUGUGAAGAGUUUACGCAUGCAGAGGCCUCAUAUGGUCCAAACAGUCGAACAGUAUGACUUCUGCUACAGGGUGGUACAAGACUUUGUCGACAUUUUCUCCGACUAUGCCAAUUUUAAAUAAAAUUUGCCUUAAACACGGUUUUAAAAUGUUUUUAAAGCCAAUUUUGCAGUUUUCAGUUUCCUUAACCUUGUGAAAUAAUCUUCUAUUUUGCUAUGCACUUGUCCUACCAUUAACCCGAGCUGUUGUUCUGAUGUGAUGUAUGGUAUCAGGGGGUGAAAAUUGUAAAUGGGGAAAAAAAGUAAGAUUAAUAAUGUAAAUUUUUGCAACAUGUAUGAUAGUUAUGUUGUCAUUAAGCGUCGCUGCAAAUUUGGUCUAAUUUCAGUUUUGUUGUAUAAUGUUGUUUUAUAACAUUGUUAAAAGUCUAUGUGAGUUUUGUUUUGAACUUACGAUGGUUUUAAAAAUGUAGUUAUUGUAAAUGUAUUUAUGUAUUGACAUUCCUUCCAUGUGUUUAUGUUUAUUAUUUCUGUAAAUUAUAAAUUUUUCAUUUACUGCUGACAUCUGAGAUUAGAAGAAUGUUUUUCUCUCUCGUUUAUAAGAUACAAGAUUGUCAGAAAUGUUUGUAAUAUUGACAGCCAUAUUGCAGAGAACAAAGGUCUGAGGUGGUGAUGCUGAAAAAUGAAUUCAGCUUGCCGAAUCAGACAGACGCGUGUUUAAUGAUAGAUGAAAUGUUUUUACAGCCUGCCUUUUAUCUGUAUUCAGCAAAAACGACUUUGCUAAGAUUAACUGCACAUUAAAAAAAGCACAUAACUAAGAAAAUUGCCAAGAACCUCUAAACCAAAAUGUGUUUUUGUAUAUUUAUCAUUAAAUUAUUGCUAUUUGGUGCCAUA